AUGGCUCCAGCCUUGAUAAAGGCCAAAACUUGUGUUGAGUUCUUCAUAAAACUUCUACGUUGCGUUGACUUCUCUCAGUAUGUAGCCGAAGACUUUCGCCUGGCAAAAUUUAACGAUGCAAAAGCGUACAGUCCAAUGUUGCGCUUACUUUUUGAGAUGAUUUACUUUUUCAAUUAUCGCUGCAUCGAUGCCACAUGUUUUAAUGCAUACGAAAACUUUUCUCAGGAAAAUAUUCAAAUCUAUAUACUGAACGAGCUCAUUCGCUUGGGAUACUCUCGACUGGUCAAUAUUCCCUCCAUGAACUCGUCACGGGAACUUUUGUUGGCUUCGUUGUGGCUCUUUCACCAUGGAUCUGUACUGAAUGAAAUUGAGACCACAGUGUUUGGUCGUUUAUCUAAUGUGUUUGAUCCUUCACAUUUCCCGGUUUCCAAAAUGGAUACAGACUCACGCUUGUGCCAAUUUAACUGCUUAGAAGACCAAGAAUAUAACACAUCUUAUGUGACUCAUCUUGGUUGGUCCAUUGGUCGUCUUUUGGUGAAAUUGAAACAGCUUCAUCAGUCUCGUCUUGCUGUUGUGAAUCGGAGCUGUGGAACCCAUGUGGACCCAAAAGCACCGACAGAUUGGAAUUCAUCUGAUGAGAAACUAAGCGAGCGAAUUCGUACAAUUGGAACUAUCAUUCAGCAUUUGGAAUUGCUUUUAUCAUGGGCAUCUGUUAGUUCCACCUUCUGGCGAUGGUCCAUUUCGCUGUUCGAUAUGGGUUCGGACAUGCUACCGGAAGACCAGAUUGUACCGUGCGAUUCAAAAAACUUCGAGAGCCUUGUCCUAUCUCUGGAUGCUUCAUUGCGUUUUCUUUACAAGACAGGUGAAAAGUUUGGAAUUACGGAUGCAUAUCCGGACCGUCCUUUGGAGGAUGUCAAUAUGGACAAUUUUCCGCUUCUCGUAGUAAAUGAAAUAAAUUUAUUGAAUUCGGAACUACUUGGUACCAGAACACAGAAUUUAUUAGCCAUCACACCAAUCCGCGUUCGCUACACUACAUCAAGUUCCAAAUUAACUUCCACUGUCUCCCCUGUUUUACCUCACAAGUAUUUACAAGCGAGGUUUGAAUUGAAAACUGAAUGCUUUCGUUUAAGCUCGUUAGUCGAAAAUGCAAAAGGAUUGUGCCGGAAAAUCCGAUCAGAUUUGGCAAAAGAUUUACAAAAAUGGGCAGUAAAGCACAUUCCUGAUACCCUUUUUUUGUAUAAUCCAUCUACGCGUCCACCCAAAUAUGCUCAAACCGAUCCCCUUUAG